UAUUAGCUGGGCAUCACAAAGGUGCAGGACACUUAAAUAAACAAUCAACAAAAAAUGUACUGAUGUAGCAUGAAUGUUACUUGAUAAUUGCAAAACAGAUACUACUUUUAAAGUACUGUGAAGCAGCCAUGUCUGAUUCAGGGAAAAGAAAAUGGAGCAGAGAAACUGCCGGUUUUGCUGGUACAAUGUGGAAUAUUUAGCAUUUGAGUCUCACUUCCUCCUUUUUGAAAUGUAUAUUCCAAGCAAGUUGUUAUGUAACUGCAGACUAUUACUCAGUCAGUGGGAAAAUAACUUGUUUGCUCAUCAAACUGGGCAUGCAUCCACAUGCUACAAGAACCAGGAAGGUGUACUUCCCGUGACCACACCCCCUGAGCCGGGCCGUUUGAUAAGGCAGCUGCACAGUCUGCUGCUGGUCAGUCAUCAAAACCAAAGGCAACUGUGUGCAGAGUUAUGGAGCAAAAAGUGAGCAUUGUUUCGAGGGCCGAGUGGGGAGCAGCUGCCCCUAAAAAGAAGGAGAGUCUGAAGGGCUCAGCCCAAAGAGCCAUCAUACACCACACUGCCCUGCCAAGCUGCGAAGGCCUGAAAAAGUGUAAGGACCAUGUUGCCAGCAUUCAGAGAGGGCAUAUGACAGACAGAGGCUUCGAUGACAUUGGAUAUAAUUUUCUCGUUGCAGCCAAUGGUACAGUGUUCGAGGGCCGUGGCUGGGGUGUGGUAGGGGCACAUACCAAAGGCAACAAUCAUGACUCAGUGGGGAUUGCCUUCAUGGGCAAUUUCAAUAAUGACACGCCAAGCAAAGAGGCAAUAUUGUCAGUCAAACAGCUGCUGCAGUCCGGAGUUUCCAAGGGUUUUUUACACAACAAGUUUUCUCUGUUUGGGCACAGAGAUCUUGGAAGCACAGAAUGUCCAGGAAACAAGCUUUACGCUGCACUUCCACAACUGAAGAGUACAUAAAGCAUGCUGCGAACUGUGACGGAAAAUUCUUUCCCUUUCGCACACAAACCUUAAGCUUCGGUAUGAACAGGGUAACGGUAUGAGGAAGAACUUUAAAGAUCAAACACUAACUCUCCUAUCUCUUUUUUUUCCUUCCCAUAUGUUUUUUAGCAUGGGUCUCCUCUUAACCAGGGGAAUGUUAAUAUUGUAACAGGAAGAGGUCCUAUAGGUUUUAUAGCAUGUUCACAACCUAUCUCUCUUGCAGCAGGGGGAGCCAUCACAUAGACUCUAGACUCAAGAAGUGCAAAAUGUUUUCAACAUUUCAACUUUCUUUCAAUUUGUGAUGAUAGUUUUUAGUUAAUGUAGUGAAGGUGCAAUAUUAAAAUGGUGUGCAAUACA